UCACCUGCUUUGAUUUGGCAGAGAAUUGAACUCUCCAGAUGGCCUUCAUGACACAACCCUCCUCCCAUGUAUCCUCCCUUCAUGGAAACUCCAGGAGAUCAGCAACUUCUGACAUGCAGAGAGAAAGUCACUUAAAGAAGCUGCAGAUUUGACGAUGAGCCGCUCAGACGUUUGGACUGUAGGCCGCCGCCGUGCUGAGGGAGUGGAGAACUGAGUCCGGAUCUGCUUCACCGCAUUAUUCACAGUUUCCUGCAUCCUGGUGGCUGAACUUUGUGAGGAAACAUCCUUUAAAGAGCUCCCACCAUCACCACCAAAGGUCAAAAUGGCUGACAUUGUAAACACACUGCCUUUCUUCUAUGGCAACAUCACCAGAGAGGAGGCAGAGAAGUACCUGCAGCACACAGGCACGAGCAAUGGCUCGUACCUGCUACGGCAGAGCCGCAACUACCUCGGGGGCUUUGCACUCUCUGUGCUGUAUUCAGGCCGAUGUUACCACUACACCAUCGAAAGAGAACCAAAGGAAACAUACGCUAUAGCUGGUGGUAAGAGCCACAGCAACCCCAUGGACGUGAUCGACUAUCACUCCCAGGAGACGGACGGCCUUGUGUGUCUGCUCAAGAAGCCGUGCAACAGGCCCAGGAACAUGCAGCCCAAGGUGGGGCCAUUUGAGGAUCUGAAGGAAAGACUGAUCCGGGAGUAUGUGAAACAGACGUGGAACCUGCAGGGAGCAGCUCUGGAGCAGGCCAUCAUCAGCCAGAGGCCUCAGCUGGAGAAGCUCAUCGCCACCACUGCACAUGAACAAAUGCCCUGGUUCCAUGGAUCAAUCGCACGAGAAGACUCUGAGCCCAGACUUCAGGGCGGCGCCCGCACUAAUGGAAAGUUCCUGAUUCGCCAGAGGGACACGAGUGGAUCCUAUGCUCUGUGUUUACUCCAUGAAGGACAAGUCAUGCAUUAUCGCAUCGACAAAGACAGCGGUGGAAAACUCUCUAUUCCAGAUGGAAAGAAGUUUGACACCCUGUGGCAGCUGGUGGAGCACUACUCAUACAAACCUGACGGCCUUCUGCGAGUGCUGACAGAGCCUUGUCCAAGACCUGAUGGAGAAACAGGGCGGCCACUGCUCCCACCAGACCAUCCUGGACUAGCCUCUGCCUUUCACAAUGCAGCAGGUGGAUUACUCUCCAAACUCAAAACUGUUCCCAUACUUGGGCGAAAAAAGAGCCAAGGAUCUGGAUCUCGACACAACACCACAGACAAUCUCAAUACUUAUGAAACCAGGGCGGCCAAUAACCAAAUCGACAGCAAAGAGGCGAUGCCGAUGGACACACAGGAGUAUCUGAGUCCGUACGCCGACCCGGAUGAACUGCGGAGCCCCACAGUGGAUCGCAGUCACCUUUACCUGGAGGACGGAGAGCUGGGCUCAGGGAACUUUGGUACAGUCAUGAAGGGCAUCUACAAGAUGAGAAAGAUAGAGAAGCCUGUUGCGGUGAAAAUCCUAAAGAACGAUGACAACAACCUGGCGGUGCGCGAGGAGAUGCUGCGAGAGGCCAACGUCAUGCAGCAGCUGGACAAUCCUUACAUUGUCCGCAUGAUUGGCACCUGUGAAGCUGAGAACCUGAUGCUGGUGAUGGAGCUGGCUGAGCUCGGACCUCUCCACAAGUUCCUGCAGAGAAACAAGCAAACCACCAUAAAGAACAUCACGGAGCUGGUGCACCAGGUGUCCAUGGGAAUGAAGUACCUGGAAGAGCAUAACUUUGUCCACAGGGACCUGGCUGCCAGGAACGUGCUGCUGGUCACACAGCACUACGCCAAAAUCAGUGACUUUGGUCUCUCCAAAGCUGUGGCUGAGGAGCAGAACUACUACAAGGCCAAGGGUCAUGGAAAGUGGCCAGUGAAAUGGUACGCUCCUGAGUGCAUCAAUUACUUCAAAUUCUCAUCCAAAAGUGAUGUGUGGAGCUUUGGUGUGCUCAUGUGGGAGGCCUUCUCCUACGGCCAGAAACCAUACAAGGGAAUGAAAGGAAAUGAUGUCAUGCAGAUGAUUGAGAGUGGAUUGCGCAUGGAAGCUCCACAGCACUGUCCACCAGAGAUGUUUGACCUCAUGAGAGCCUGCUGGACCUACAAAGCCGACGAGCGGCCUGGAUUCACCACCGUCGAGCCGAGACUACGAGAGUAUUAUUACGACAUUGCACAGUGAUUCUUCUUCUUCACACGAAUGUUAAUAAACUAUGCAAAAAUGUUGGUUAAAGAAGAGGUCGGAAUUUAAUAUGUACAUUAAUAGCUAGAGGCAAUUUUGAAAGCAUUUAUAAAAUAAAUUAAAGGUCCAGUACGCAAUGCUUGACCCCCACCAGACGUUGUAGUUGUCCUGUCCCUCAGGGGUCGCCUCCGAGUCUUUUCUCAGCUCCUUGAACUCUCAAGAGCAAUAUUAAUUAUUAUUAUUAUUAUUAUUAUUAUUAUAAUAUUGUCUUCGCUUUGAACUGCUGCCAUUGCAUUGUUAUGGUGAAUGUGAGUCAAUAAACAGCCUGUUAAAAUCA